AUGGCACCGUUGCAGAGCCGUGUCCUUGUGGGCUGCGGCCUCAUCUCCGCCGCCUUCGCCGCUGAUAACAUUCUAUCCCUGACGCUCUCCGAAGACGUCCCCCACAAUGUCUCAGCAAACAUCGACCCCUCCUUCGCCGGCUUCGGCAUCGAGCUCGACCACCUCUACUACUUCAUGGGCGACGAGACACCAAACGAUCUCAGCAUCAACCUCCUUGAAAACCUGGCCGAAUUUACCGGUCGGCCACCAUACGUGCGAUUGGGAGGAAACACACAGGACUACGUCAUCUACGACGAUUCGCAAGACAAAUGGCUCAUCGAGCCGAACCCUCGGCCGCUCGCAGACGGCCAUGUCCCUGCAGACAACUUCAUCAUCGGCCCCCGCUUCAUGGACAUUGCCAACCGCAUGCCCGAGGGCACGCCCAUCGUUUGGGGCCUGAACUUGGGUUACUCCGAGCCCGACUAUCUCCAUCAGCUCACCACCAUGGUUACCCAGAUCCUCGACCGGUGCACAAACCUUAACCUCAUGUCCUUUGAAUUGGGAAACGAGCCGGACCUCUACGGCAACAACGGCUUCCGUACAAGUUCGUGGACGGGCUCCCAGUACGUCAAAGAAUGGCGGGAACGUGCCGACGCCCUGUGGGAAAAGGUCCUGCAGCCGCGUGGGCUGCGCAGCAACUUAUUUGAGGCAUCCGCUUCGACGGCAUGGGUUGCCGGCACCGGCUUCGAAAUCAAGGACCUGGAAAGUCACGGAAUCGACGACAAGCCCAGCAACUCAGACGUCGGCUACAUUACAAGUUGGAACCAGCACAACUACUACUACUUUGUCGGGUCCUUCCCCUACCCAUUGACCCUCGACUACAUGAUGCGUUUUGACACGACCAACGCCCAGUUCGAGUCCGCCAUUCAGGCCCAGAUCACCCAAGCCGAGCAGACUAAUCACCCGUUUGCGCUGCGAGAAAUGUCGGUCGUCGGCCCUCUGGGUGUCGAAGGGUUAAGCAACACCUUCGCCGCCGCCCUCUGGACCUUCAACUUCCUGUUCUACGCUGCCACCAUCAACAUCUCGUCUGUCCAGUUUCACAUGACGUAUGACAGCAACGCCAGCGCCUGGCAGCCGACCGCCAUGUUCGGACGCGACCGGUUUGUCCGACCCCUCUACUACGGCAUAGCCGCCUUUGGCCAAACCAUCGGCCGGUCGUGCACUGCCCGUGUCGCGCAGGCCGAGAUCACCGACUACCCCUCUGCCCACAACGAGUACGUCAAGGCCUGGUCCGUGUACCAGGGCGACUCGCUUUCCUCCCUCGUCGUCCUCAACGGAAAGGUCGCCAACGUCUCGGAGACCAACAAGGAGAGCAUCACUGUUGACGUAACCCUGCCCGCUUCCCUCGCCGGCCAGACGCUGCACCUGUCGUACCUGACCAGCGACGGCGCCGACGCCACCAGCGGCACGACCUGGAACGGGAUCAGCUUCGAGCAGGGCAACGACGGGAAGAUGACCCAAGUCACCAAGGAGGACAUCACCGUCAAAGUGGGAGACGAUGGGAAAGCGAGCAUCCCCGUUCGCGACUCCGAAGCCGUCGUCGCCAACAUCGGCGGUAAGGUCGGCAGCGGGGAGCCCGACAGCGCGGCGUGCGACGCGCUUGCCACCUCUUCACGGGGCGUCGGCGCCGCGACCAAGUCCACGCCAGGUUCCUCGGGUGAGCCGAGCCACUCGUCUUCGGACGAUGGGGAUGACGAUUCAAGCGCCGCAGGCUUGGCGUCCAGGAAGAGCAUUUACACUUGCAUUGCGUGGAGUUUGGCUGUCAGCAUCGGAGCCUUUUAUUUGUAG